AUGCGUCCAGUUGCCUUGUCUGUUGCUAACAAGGGUGCCUCGUCAAUCUCCGACACCACCACCUCGGCCCUCUCGUCGGCGGGAUCGACAGCACGCUGUGGUGCUGCGCAAAUGAGUCUGCAGGGGCUUCGCGUUGCAGCUUACUUUGAAAACUCUGAAACGGCGAGCACAGAUGAACCGAUUGCUAUUGGGCAAAUCACAGCUCAGAUAUCAGAGUCGGUGUACGCCGUUUUCUUCAAGGAGAUUGCCCUUUCGCCUGUGAUUGAGGUUGGAUCGCGCGUUUACGUCACCUACGGGCAGGAUGCAGCUUUUGCCCCUGACCCGGCGAAGCCCAGUGAGACGAGUCUCACACCCGCCCCAAACACGGCGGGAAGAUCGGAUGGAGAUGCAGUGGCGAGAACAAGUUCAGGGACGAAGAACGCUUCAGCGCUAGUCGAUGGGGCUUCCCAGCAGAAAGGUGCCCCUGCGGCAGGAACGGGACAAAUGACAGGGGCGGCAGGAGUCAGCGCACCGUCUGUCGCUGCCGCGGCUUCUGUGGACACAGCUGCUGCUACCGCCGCACACCCUGCAUAUGCACCAAGCACCGGCACAAUAAUUGGCGGUUUGGUGGCCAAAGUCAAUGGAAAUGGAACCUUUGCGGUCCUCUUGGAUAACGACCGCUUUGAUCUUGCCGUACCACGUGAGAUGAUCACUCUCUCGGAAGGACGUUCAAAGUUUAUCUCGAACGAGAAAUUCCAAGAGGUAUUAGAAUGGGUAAAAUCCGCAGGAGUGGAUCGUCGCUCUGACCAGGAGAGUACGUCCUGUAUCCUUUUUCACCGAGGCUGGAGGGCGGACAAGUUGUACUUGCUGGAUAGCGCCGAUGUUCACUGUCUCUCACACCUGAACAAGUCUGUUCGCAUGAGCGUGCUUGAGAAGUCAGAAUGGGAACGUGACCAACACCGGCAGAAGCGCGAGGAAAUCAAGGAACGCAUGAAAGAGAAGGAAAUACGAUAUGUGCUCACCAAGUAUAGCGGUGUCUUCAGUGCCUGCGUGGCCGUUCUCGGUGUCAUGUCUGUUUUUGGUUGGAAUUUUAAGAACUACAAGAAACAGCAGCGCUCCUAUCAGUUAUCUAUUGCGGCAAACACGCUUUCCCAAAAGCAUGGCAAGCAAUCGAUGACAGGCUACGUACAUCGCGAAGAGGAAGAGGAGCGCCUGCGCCAGACCCUAAGACAACAGGAUCUCUCACACCCACGUAUCCUCGUUUUUGCUGGGUUUUUUGGCUGCGGUAAAAGCAUUCUAUUUCGCGCUGCCAUCCGCAAAGAGAAAAUGGCAGCUGUCUUUGUCGACAUUCGUACAAACGAGGAUCCCCUUCGCUCCAUUGUAAAAUCGCUAAACGUCCAGAACAUCGACGCCUGUGGCGAUCUUCUCAACUUCAUUGGAGAGGCUUCAGAUCGCGCAAGAAAAGCCAUGAAUGGCGUCACCCCUCUACUAGUACUUAAAAUCCGCGACGGUAGCUCGCUGCUGCGCAUCUACAAUGAAGUUGUGGCAUUGGCGUGCGAUAGACGACUCUGUCAAGUCAUCAUCGAGAUACCCAUUGAGUCACUCACCUUGGCAAUGACGGCCCUCCCCCGCCUUGACUUCCACCUCGUACCCAACUUUUCCGCCUCGGAAGCCUUCCGCUAUACACAUCACCUAAUCGAUCCCCUCGAGUUAACACACUUUGUUGAAGUAGUCGGAACAAACAGCAACGACCUCGAUGAGCUCCUCGCCACUGUUCGUCACGGAGACGUAUCCGCCACCACGUACACCAACCAAAAACUUCUGAAGGCAAUGAGACAAUUACAAGCAGCGUGGGCAAAGGAUCCUUCACUUCGCGAGGCGGUUUUAAAGUUGGCGCACUUCCCUUUUCAAGUCGGACAGAGCGCAGGGUACGAUUACUCCAGUCUACGCAACGAAGCUCUUCGAGACAUCGUCAUGUACAAUGCAGUCACGGAUGUCUGGAUGUUCCAACAAAAAGUGUUUCACACAGCAGCUCGCUGCUGGCAAUAA